AUGCACAGCGUCUCCACGGGUCUGACAGCUCUGCUCGUCACCUAUUUGCCCCUCUGCAUCGCCUCUUCGCUAGUAUAUCGGGUUCAACUCCCUGGCGGAGAAGCAGAGUACCUUCUAGGUGUUCUUUUUCCCCCCUGGGACACUGUAGGGAGGACUCUGGCAGUGUGGGUCGUGGGAGAGUCGGAUGUCGAGGCUGGCGGACAUUGCGAACACGAGAGGAAGCAUGGUUACGUCCUCAGACUUCAACACUCGCAUGCUUCUCAAUUCUUGCAAGUUCCUGCGAGUUUCCCUCACCUUUUGGACCAAAGUUUAAGACCAGGGAGGCGUCCUUGGGAGGAGGUAGGGAGAUAUCAACGUGGAUUCGGUUGCCAUCAGAAAACGAAUCAAACUCGCCACUGUCGUAAAUGGUUGAUGGACGACUCUGAUCGUGACUGA